AUGGGGUUAGCCGGUCCUAAAAAGAGGACAAAAAUCUCAAACGACCCAAAUAACACAUCGUGGACACGAUCAACUUCCGGCUAUGGACACAAAAUCAUGACCUCCCAGGGCUGGGCCCCUGGUGAUUACCUGGGCGUAGCGAACAGUAACCGAACUGAUACUUACACCGCCGCCAGCUUCGGCCAUAUCCGAGUGUCCCUCAAGGACGAUACCCUAGGUCUAGGUGCCAAACCCCGGCGGCCGCUCAUUGACGAUGAACCCACAGGAUUAGACGCAUUUCAAGGACUGUUGGGCCGGCUCAAUGGGAGAAGUGAGGUUGAAAUCGAAAAAGAGAUGAAGGUGAAAAGGGAUAUCAAGGCCAUGACUUAUAUUGAGCGAAGAUGGGGCUGCAUGAACUUCAUUGGUGGCGGCUUACUGGUGCCGGACAAGGUCAACAAGAUUCCGAAUGGGGGAGUAAAUAAGGACUCGGAGGAUAGUGAGGGUGUGAGGCCUGUCGAGGAAUCGGCAAGCGAAGAUACGAAUAAGAAAGAGAGCAGGAAACGGGAAAAGAGGGAGAAGAAGGAACGAAAGGAGAAGAAAGAAAAAUCCAAGGAAAAAAAGAAGGAGCAGAGAAAGGAAGCGGAGGAAUCUAGGGACAUUGCGGAUAGCGGCUUUGCGACUGAACUGUCGGCUCCUGGGUCUAGGGCGGGAUCCCCUGGCGAUGCAGAUUCAAAGAGCGAGAAACAGAGGUCCAAAGACAAGAAAAAAUCUAAAAAGCGGAAACGAAAGGAAGAAGCUCUGGCCAGUAAGAGCCAAUCUCCGGCACCAUCUGAUGAUGAGGAUGCGAAGAGCGCAAAGGCAGAUGAUACCUCUUCACGGGUGGCAGCCCCUAUUGCCGUAAAAGAGAGAGUUAUCCCUAUUUCUCGGCAGCUCUUACGGGGGCGCUAUAUACAACAAAAGAGACGGGCUGUAAUGGACUCUAAGUCAUUAAAUGAGGUAUGUCUACCCGGUACUACUCCUAACAUCAAGCUCUAG